AUGGGAAAACGCGGUGUCGGUCGGCCAAGGACUCAGGUGGUGGCGCACCGGAAAGGGGUUGAAAGGACCAUCAUUACACAAGCCAUUAUUGAACCAACCAUGGGAGAAAAUGAUCAACAGGGAAUCACGAAUGACACUAUCACCAAUGCUACAACAACCACGAAUGAAGAUGAAGCGGAGAAACAAUCAGAAGAGCCAGCACAAGUAACCAAUAACGCAGAUACAAUUAGGAGCAAAGCACCCCUGAAGGCGCUGACAGAAACCCUAUCCAAACCAUGGGUGGAAUUGAUAAAAGGAAAUAGGAACCUUAACAGGGGUAUGGCAGUUGAAUUCGUGGCACCUGAAAUAAUCAAUAGAGAACUUGAGAUACAAAUCGAUGACUCAGACGUGGAGGACGAAUUAGAGUUUUGGCAAAAUGCUAUGAUUCUGUUCGCAUUGGGUGACUCUCUAUCUAUGAAUGGUGUCAAGAAAUUCAUGAAGAACUCAUGGAGCUUUGUCAUGAUGCCAAACUUUAUUAUAAUGAUGAAGGUCUCUUCAUAG